CUCAGCAUGUGAAAGAAUUCACAUUCACAUUUCAAUGUUUGCAUGCUCAGCUCUAUUUCUCACAGAAUUCUAUUACCAAGAAAUGCAGUUCAGAGAUCACAGAAGCUGAAUCAGAAUGCUACUUACAAUUUUGAGCGGUUGGCUUUUUGUGGAGAAGAGGAAGCUCGGCCAGGUGUUCCCAGAAGAGGCAAGGAAAAUAUGGGACCUUUGGGAGCUACGAAUAUUGGUCCUGAUCAGCCUCACCUUGCAAAUAUCACUGAUUGUUCUAGGCAAUCGCAGAAAGUAUAAUCCAAACACUUUGCUCAGAUUGUCUCUCUGGUCUGCAUAUCUAACAGCAGACUGGGUGGCAACUGUUGCACUAGGUGUCCUUUCCAAGAACCAAAGAAACUCCUGCACUUGUGCUAUUGCUAGCAGUAGCAAUACUAAGAGUAUCAAUGAUGAGCUCAGGGCAUUUUGGGCACCAUUCUUGUUGUUGCAUCUUGGCGGUCCAGACACAAUUACUGCUUAUGCUUUAGCAGACAAUGAGUUGUGGAUAAGGCACUUGCUUGGACUUCUUGUCCAAACUAUAGUGGCAAUUUAUAUCACUGUCACGGCCUGGAGUGGAACUUGGCUCUCAUACCUGACCAUUCCCAUGCUUUUUGCUGGCCUAAUAAAGUAUGUUGAAAGGACAUUAUCCCUGAGGUCUGCAAAUCGUGAGCAGUUUCUUGAUUCAUUGCUCUACCGUCCUGAUCCUGGCCCCAACUAUGCCAAAUUCAUGGAGGAGUUCAGUUUGAAAAAGGCCGAGGGGUUUAGUGUGUUGGCUAUUGAAGUGAUUGAGGCUGCUGACCAAUCCUAUGCUGCUGGCAAUGGCAAUAACAACGGUGACGCUAGUAAACGGACAUUGCCUGUUGCGUACAGCUUCUUCAACACUUUUAAACGGCUCUUUGUAGAUCUUAUUCUUAGCUUCCAUGACCGAGAUAAGAGCCGGUCCUACUUCCAAAAUCUCACUUCAUCAGAAACUGCUUUUGAGGUAGUUGAAAUCGAGCUUGGAUUUGCAUAUGAUGUUUUCUAUACAAAGGCACCUAUAAUAUCCACUUUUUUGGGAUGCAUUUUCCGCUUCAUCACUUCCUCUUUCACUAUUAUAGUGUUCGUGUUCUUCCUGAUUAUUGAGAAGCACAAUCACCCGCAGGUUGAUCUCAUCAUUACUUAUAUUUUGCUGGUUGGAGCUAUUCUUCUAGAAUUCUAUGCUGUCAUUUUGCUACUGUCCUCCGAUUGGACAAAGCUAUGGUUGAGUGAGCAUGAACCCCAGUUUUCUCAAAUAAAAAGGUGUUUUCAAUCCAUGAUUUCUCGACCAAUCUCUUGUUUUGAACCUAUUGUUUCUCCGUUGGUCUCUUGUUUUCAAUCUAAGGUUUCUCCUUUAAUCUUUUGUUUUAAAUCUAAGGUUUCUCCUUUAAUCUCUUGGUUUCAAUCUAAGAUUUCUCCUUUAAUCUCUUGUUUUAAAUCUAAGGUUUCUUCUUUAAUCUCUUGUUUUCAAUCUAAGGUUUCUCGAUUGAUGAUUCCUUGUUUUCGACAUGUUAUUUCUGAAGUAGUAUCUUUUCUUUUUCCUUCUAACAAAAAGAGGUGGUCAAAUUCCAUACCUCAGUUCAAUUUGCUAAGCUUUUCCCUUAAAGAUAAGCCCGUGCCUUGUUUGGAUGAUAAACCUGAACUUUUUCAAAAGAUUGUGAGACAUUCGCCAAUCUAUUAUAAAACAUUUGAGAAAAGCUGGUAUACAUACCGUUGCGAAACCUCCCCCAAAUUGAAAGGUUGGAUCUUCCAGCAUUUUCUGAAGAAAUCAGAGGUCGCCACAAGCACAAAGAAACCAGAUGACAACAAUACUUCAUCUUUAUGUAGUGCCAGAGGCAAUCUUGUUUUUAAAAAUUAUAUUGAAAAAUAUGAACGUUCUCUCUCUUUCAAUUGGACCACUGAGGUAGAGUUCGACCAAAGCAUUCUUAUCUGGCACAUUGCUACAGAUCUUUGCUAUCACUCAGGUGGUGGUGAAAACUUGGCUGCUGAAAAUUCAAGUCAUAAAUGGAGCAAGAACCUAUCAGACUACAUGUUGUAUCUCUUAGUCAUGUGUCCUUUCCUGUUGCCAAUUGGGAUUGGGAUGAUCAGGUUUCAAGACACUUGUGAGGAGGCCAAGCAUUUUUUCCAGGAAAAAGGUCUAUCAAAAAAUAAAGUGAAAUUUUGCAAAAUGUUGCUUGAAGUGAAUACUGAUGUUGAACCGAUUAAGGUAAAAGGAGACAGGAGCAAAUCUGUGCUAUUUAAUGCAAAUAAACUUGCAAAACAAUUGCAGGAAAUGGGUGAAGAGAAAAAUUGGGAGUUUGUUUGGGAGUUUGUCUGUGACGUGUGGAUUGAGAUCCUAGGUUAUGCUGCUAGUCAUUGCAGGGGAUAUUAUCAUGCUCAACAGCUCACGGAAGGCGGAGAGCUCCUCACUCAUGUAUGGCUUCUUAUGGCACAUCUUGGCAUUACAGAACAAUUUCAAAUCAACCGAGGCCAUGCAAGAGCUAAGUUGGCCGUGUACUGAGUGAUUUUAUUUUCAUUUUUGUACUAAAGUUGCUCUUGAAGAGAAUGUGACUUAACUAUGAAAUCAGUAUAUCCAUCUAGAUGAACUGAGCAGUCAAAAAUUGGGAUAAAUCAUGACUUGAAGUUACAAUUUCCAACUUGGAAUUGUGACUUUAAGUCAUAAUUUAUGUGCAGUUUGAAUGUGUGUAUGAGUGUGUACAAUAAGAUGUGUGAACUAAUCUUUACCCAUAUUAUUGAAUUGCA